AUGAAAGCCAGGUGUGCGAAUCACGACACAGCAGAUAUGCUAAGGUUCCUCUUCGAUCUUCUCGCUCGUGCCGGUUUUACAGCCCAAACAACUGAAUUGGCCCUGCACACUGUGGAGGAAAUCCUGUCGGUCUCAACUGCCGCUGAGAACCCACAAUUGCGUCGACCCAGGGGAAUCAAUGAGGUGUCGGAAUUUUUGAAGACCGUCUUUGAAAGUAGGCAUCCACCCGCCCAAUCGAAGUUGCUUUCUCUCUUCCGGCCGCAGAAUGUGGACUACUCUCGAUGUUACCGUUUAUUUGUCAAAGAUGAGCUGCUUAAUGGCAGAGGCUCAGCUCUGCCCAUUGACGGCAAUAGAGUUUGGGGUUCCCACGCCGGGAAUACUACCAGAUCCACAACGAAUCGAACACUGAGCUACUGGUGCCUGAGUCCCGGUCGGGCUAUGCAAGAUUUGAUUCGAGAGCAGGUGCGAUGCGUAAUUCUUACCAGCGGCACCCUUUACCCCAUUGAACCGAUUCAGGCCGAACUACGAAUGCACUUCCCCAUUACCUUGCAAAAUCCCCACGUGAUCACACAAGAGCAAGUGCGAUUAGCCGUCAUUACUCGGGGGAAAGACGGUGAAGCUUUGAACUCCAGCUACGCUAGCCGUGAAAAGCCUGGCUAUCGAAAAGCACUCGGGCACACUUUGUUGGAUUUAAUGAAGGUCGUCCCUAACGGACUUCUGGUCUUCUUUCCCUCGUACAUGAUGAUGACACAAUGCAUAGACGCGUGGAAGAACACUGGCCUGGAGGACCAAAUGUCCCAAUGUAAGCGCCUUUUUGUGGAACCGCGAGACAAGAUGCAGUUCUCCAAGGUGUUCACCGAUUACCGAAACGUGGCUUGUGGUUCCACGACCUCCAACACUCACGGCGCCGCUUUGUUCGCCGUAAUGCGUGGUCGAGCAAGCGAAGGUCUCGAUUUGGCCGACUACGCUGGUCGUGGAGUGGCUGUUCUCGGUUUGCCCUAUCCUCCUUACCACGACCCGCGUGUUCGAUUGAAAAUGGCCUACCUGGAUGAACAGUUGACUCAGUUACGAAACCAGGCUUCUGCCACCGCCGACGUGGGCGCCUACAAAUCGGCACCUUCGUUGGAAAAGGCUUUCGCAUGUUUUCCAACCGGUCGGAAAUGGUACAACCAGCAGGCAUGGCGUGCUGUGAACCAGUCCAUUGGUCGUGUUAUCCGGCAUAACCGCGACUUCGGAGCAGUGUUCCUUUGUGAUGAACGCUUCGCUCCGAUGAAUGCUCGCGCUGAACUGCCACGCUGGAUGCAGCCCAGUUUGCGAGUCUACUCCGAACACAACGAUUUGAUAACUGCGACUGCAGCCUUUUUCAAGGACGCUGCAAUUCUCCACCCACCACUCAAGCAAUAUGUCCAAGAUUCGCAGAACCUCCCGAUGGAUGGCUCACGUGAUCUUUCAGGAAAGCGUUCGCGUCCAACCAAACCUUGUGUUCUGUCAAAUAUUCCCCGAGCCAAUGAGGCUCAAGCAUUCACUCCCAGCUUGGCCCUCAAGGUACCUACAUUUGACACCGACCUCUUGUUGGCUAAAUAUGUCCCGUUGAAUUCAACAACCAGUCCGGACACCAUGGAAGAUCAGCUGACUGAUACCUCAGUGUUCGCGCGCAUAGAGAUGGCCACGGAUUCCAACCAUCGGACAGACAGUUUGGUCGAUGAAACUGAUGCAACAGACGAUAAAGAUCUUGAAACCAAACUCGUUCGAGCGAAAUCGACAAAGCGGUUAAAAAUUGAUUACUAUGCCCAAAUAAGUGACUCCGGCGCACAAUCUUUCACCGAUCCUGCUGUCUACUUGUGUGCGGUGAAAUCUUAUUUUCUUCGACGAAAUCAGGACCGUGAUUCCCUGCACAAGUUUAAGGAAGCACUGAAAGAAUAUCAAUCGAGUGAACCAAAAUUAAACAUCAGUUUACCAGAAGAUCCUCAAGACGGCUGUGUACGCAAGCUGCACACCAAACUGUCCUACUUAUUUGAGGGAUCAGAUACAACGCAUCUUUUCCAAGGUGCGUCAUGCUUUCUCGUUCCUGCUCACAGACCCAUCUUUUUGGCAUUGUGCACUGAGCGUGAGAAUUAUGUAGCUUCCAAAACCACAGUGGCGAAACCACAAUCGGAUCCUUCGCCCGGUGUAACGGGGUCGUCACCGGAGCGCCGAUUGACGUGUUGCAAAUGUCACAUUUAUCCGUCACAGACACCACUUGUGUCGUCAUGCAAACAUGUGGCCUGUUUCACUUGUUGGCGGACUGUGAUUGAAGAGGGAAACCAUCGAUGCCCCUCCUGUCGCACACUUGUUCGCAGACGUAUGUUAAGGCGCCUGGUACCCACGACAUCCACGCAGGAUUCGAACAAAAAGGAUUAGAUCAUUUUGCUAUAUUGUGCAACAGAUUAUUUUCAUACAUAUUCUGUACUAUAACUGUAUACUUGAAUUACAUAUAAUUUGUAUUCCUUCAUCGUUAUUCAGCGUUAUACAUUGAGAUAGAAGUAUCGAGAAUAUUGUCC